UGAUAGUCAGUAACAAUUUGGAAAUAAACAAUUAUAAACAGUGAAAAUUAUCCGCUAAACAUAACUGUUCGAACGCGAAGCGGUUAGUUCCCAUUUCGUCGCGCGCUUGCUUACAAGCACUAAUACAGCUACGUGCAUUAGCGGCUUCGGGUUCGCUGCACUUGCGCUUGCAUACCAAAAAAAAAUCAAACGGUUGGUUCUUCGAUUCUUCUUUGUGCUUUGCUCGCUGCUGCCUGUCGAAAAUGGAUGAGUCUAAUGACGUGCCGGAAAACAGGGUGUCUUUUUACAAACUAAAGGCACUCUCAAUAUACAACAAAGCCGUUUCACUUCGAGAGACGAUAUUGAAUGAUGAAAACAACCCAAUCAGUGAAGAUGCGCUAAGUGUUCAUUUAAAAUUCUUGGAAAAAAUGUCCGACUCAUUUAAUGUUACUCAUUCUAAUUUAGAAGAGCUUGAUGUAAGCGAAAUUGGCAGCGACUUAAGCAACAAUUUUGAGGAUUUGGCGAUGGAAAUCGAAGUUCGUAUUCGCUCAGCACUCCGCAGGACUACCCAGAACAUGCCGCAUCACUCAACGAUACGACCCGAGCUCAACGUUACUGCCUCCGGAAAUGUACGGUCACGAUAUCAUAUUCCUGACAUUAAACUUCCCACUUUCCGUGGAGGUUAUACUGAGUGGGCAGACUUUUACUCGAUGUUUAGCACAGUAAUAGAUCAGGAGCCCUUUCUAUCAAAGAUUGAGAAGUUCCAGCACCUGCGCUCAUGUUUGGAUGGACCUGCCCUGGAGGCUGUUCGCUCUUUGGAAGUAUCGGAGAGCAAUUAUGAUAUUGCAUUGGACAUUUUAAACAAUCGUUUCAAUAAUAAACGUUUAAUCUUUCAGGCACACGUCGCUGAGAUUCUGAGGCAUGAGAAGGUUGAAGAUGGGUCAACUACAAAGCUACGUACUUUAUCGGACAAGCUUCAUUCUCACAUGAGAGCGCUUAGAUCGAUGGGUACCAUGGAGGAAAUAGCUGGAUGCAUCAUCGUUCACUCCACAUACAAGUAUCUCGACUCUGAUACCAGGACCAAAUGGGAGGAGCUGUCGCCCCCUAACGUCAUACCAACAUGGGACCAUUUUUCGGCUUUUUUGGAGAGGAGAUGUCAAGCCAUGGAGACCAUGGAUCAAGCUAUGUUGAUUCAAAUCCAUAGCAGUCAGCUGCACUCGCUUUGGAAACCUUUCGCCAUCUUUGCGUCUUAGAGAGGCAAGGAAGCUUAGAGUUUGCUUCAACUGUUUGAAGAAGGGACAUCGGAAUACCUCCUGCAGUUCAGGCUCUUGUCGCACAUGCGGUGAAAAGCAUCAUACCCUUUUACAUAUCAACAAUCCGCUGCCUACGUCAGUUAACACGGAACCUGCAAACGCUACUACGUC